AAAACCGAAACCAGAACGAGUGAGUGACAGACACAGCAUUGGCCAAAUCAUCCAUGGCUGCCUCAUCCCCACUCAGUAACUUCUUCUCCUUUCUCUUACCCACAAAGCCACCGCCACAGCCCAAACUACCACCAUUCCAAGUUCCUGUAACCUCUUCUCCAGCUGAAUCCCAGGCCCAGAAGGCCAGAGAUGGAAGGGUCUCGUUCGUGGCACAAGAGUCUCACUCUGCUUCGUCUUCACUGUCCUCUGUAAUAUGCCCCUCUUUGGCUUAUUCGAACACCCUUUUCUUCAGAUCGGCGUACAAUGUGCAGGUGGUAGUGGACGACAACGAGUCUGAGGAGAGACUCCUCAACAGGUUUCGCAGAGAGGUCAUGAGGGCUGGCGUCAUUCAAGAGUGUAAGAGGAGGAGGUACCAUGAGAACACCCAGGAGAAGAAGAAGCGCAAGAAUCGUGAGGCUGCCAAGCGUAAUCGCAAAAGGCGAGGUCCCCCACCGAGAUUUUUAGAAAGAAAUAAAACAGAAGCACCUACAAACAAGAGGGACGCUGACGAUGAAGACAAUUGGGAUCUACCUGCAGGAGACAUUCCCUACUGAUGGCAUGUUCUCUAGAGUUUUUCAACUUGUAGAAAAGAAAAUUCAUCCUUGAUUUUAAGAGGCUUUUUGUUUGUGUAAGUUCAAUUUAAGUUAAUCCUCUUCUUUGGCUAAUUCGGUGCAUAAUUUCACCUAUGUUUGUCUUCAUAGAAAGAUAAAAGUAAUGAAUUUCAUUAUUGAAUCAAUUUGGGUGCAUCAAUGCAAUGCUUAUCUGUCA